AUGUUCUUGAGAGCCGCUUAACACAAAUCCUGGGAAAACACUCACACUGUCUAAUAGUACUCCAUCUACAACGACCCUAACAUAGCUCAUCGUGACUAAAUGGAAGAUGCCUACUUCUAUGAAGAAUCUGAUAAUGGUGAAUGCGUCUUUGGUGUCCUCGAUGGUCACAAUGGCUAAACCGUCGUUGAAUAUGUAACUAAGUCUCUCCCAGCUCUCAUCUUCGCUAACUUGAAGAAGAUGGAUUCAAAGGGUCUUGUUGAAGAAGCUUUAAAGUCUGCUUUCUUGGAAAUGGAUGAAAAAAUUAGCAACGAAAUGACCGCUAAGGCUUAAGAAACUGGUAGCACCUGCACUAUUUGCCUUGUCCGUAUUGAAAACGGUUAGAAGGUUAUAUACACUGCUAACAUUGGUGAUACCUGUGCUUUCCUUUACGAAUAAAACACUGCUAACCCUGCCACUGAGUUAACUAUUACCCACAGAGCUGCUAAUAAUGAAGAAAAGGAGCGUGUUAAGGCAACCGGAGCUUUCAUCAGCAUGGACAGAAUCGAUGGUAAACUCGAAGUCUUCCGUGCUUUUGGUGACCUCAAGUUAAAAAAGAAGGGAGUCAUUGCUGAACCUUCUGUUUCACGUGUUGUCCUUAAUACCUCUAACGAAAGUCCCGUCUACAAUAUUGUCCUCGCCUGCGAUGGACUCUGGGAUUUCGCUAAAAUGAACGAUAUUGAUGCAGUUGUCAAGAAAAACUUUAACCAUGCUGGCAACGUUGCUAUGGAAUUAAGAAACCUUGCUAAAUCUUCUCGCUCUAGAGACAAUAUAACUGUUAUGACAGUCUAAAUUGAUGCCUCUAUCUUAGAAUCAAAUAUUUUGGGUUGA